GGCAUAAAACGUGCGUGUGUUUUAAAAGUGAAGUGAUAUUUAAAAAAGUUAUAUUUAUGUUGUGAUAAUGUUUAAAAUUAAAGGAUCUUUGAUCAGGCAAUAUGCCGUUGUUAUCACAGCGAACCUAUGCGUCCUCUGCACUGGACUAAGCAUCGCCUGGCCUCACCAGUGCUGGUGAAGCUUAGCAAGAAUGACACCACCACAUUGCCAAGACCUGUGACCGAAUCUGAGGGUUCUUGGGUCGUCUCCGCUGGAUUUUGACUGGAGGCUUAGCAAAUUUCCUAGCAUGCUUCCUCGUCGACCGUAUAGGCCGCAAAUACUGCCUGGUCAUCAGCUACGUGCCUCGUCUCAUCAUGUGUCUUUGCUUGACAUUUGCGUCUGACCUCUGGGCAGUUAUACUGGGCAGAGCCUUGAGUGGACUCUGUGAUGCUAUCACGUUCACUGUGGUGCCUAUGUACGCUUCAGAAGUCGCUAGUAAAGAAGUGAGAGGUUCCCUAGGAACCAUUCUCCAGAUCUUCUCGUCCCUGGGAAUAGUUAUCAUGCUGAGUGCUGGUCCAUUUUUGGAGUACUUCACCCUGAAUGUGAUGAUGCUGAGUUUUGCUGUUGUCACGUUGGUGCCACUGUUCUUCUUACCUGACAGCCCUUACUUCUUGUAUUCGAAAGGUCGUACAGACGAAGCUUUAAAAGUCCUCUUAUACCUCCGAGACACAGAAGCCUCAGCCAAAGAGGAGUUAAAAGAAUACUCCUUAUCCGGAAACGAAGAAAAAAUAACAACUCGAGAGUUACUAAAGGACAGAAUCUUUUUAAAAUCAGCCAGUAUAGGCAUCGUUUUUGGAGCCGGUUUGCAACUGGUUGGAUUUAAUGCUGUGUCGUUCUAUUUACAAACGGUGUUGGAGUCUACUCAAACGAGUGUAAGGCCAGAGAUAGCCUCGGUUGUGAUUGGUUGUAUUCAGCUGUUGGCAGCGUUUUCGGCGACACUGGUGACUGAUAGGUUUGGGAGGAAGCCGAUUUUGGCUUCGACGCUGGUUGGACAAGCUGUGGGGAUGGUUGGACUUGGUGUGUUCUUCAAGCUGAAAGAGGCCGGUCCAGUCACUGGAUUCCUUAACUAUGUACCUCUCAUAUCUCUAAUCUUGGUGGUCUACUGUUUCAGCGCUGGUCUCGGCUCCAUAUCCUGGGGUCUUCUAGCAGAGCUCUUCGACGGCCGAACUCGUGCCGUGGGCGUCACAGUCAGCAUGCUAACCUCCUUAAUCUUCAUCUUCUUAACCGUCAAGUACUUUGCGCUGGUGACGACAUUGAUUGGCGCACCAACAACCUACGGCAUCUUCAGUGUUAACUGUGUGCUGAUGUGUCUGUUUGUGUGUUUCUGUGUGCCGGAGACGAAGGGGAAGACUAUAGCGGAGAUACAAACGGCUUUGGGGGCGAAACCGAGGAGUGAUGAGAAGCAGAUGGAGAAGUUUUAGAGAAGUAAAAGACGGAUUUUUUAAUAACAUACCUAAGUGUACAUCCACUCAGAGCGUGUGCCCACACUAUGCAGCGUCGACUCAGGACACUUGUAAUGUAUGAGUUUCAAUUGUUUUCUAAGCCGGCUGUUCUAUUAAUAGCGUGGCAGUGUGCAGAGCUGCAGACGAAGCAUAAAAGAUGAGCAUAUUAGAUUGAAUGAAUUGAUUUGUAUGGGCUACAAUUAUUUUUUUGUCGUUUCGAAGACUUCUCAACUACAUAAAAGAGUAAAAAAAAAUGACUCAAAAAUCCAUGCCACAUA